GUGAAAAUAGCCAGGCGGCUUCUUUGGUUGCAUAACACAAGCGGUAUUUCAAACAAACAAGAUGGCCUGUACAAAAACUAAGCGUAGAGCUCGCACUCGCACUCAGCGGUUCACUUCGAAUGUCUUUUCCAUGUUUAAUGAAGCUCAAAUAAGCGAAUUCAAGGAAGCGUUCUUAAUGAUUGACUCAACUAAAGAUGGUGUCAUUGAUAAGCACGACUUAGAAGAUAUUUUCAUCUCUUUGGGAAAAUCGCCAAACGACGAGUACUUAAACGAUAUGCUUUCACAAGCACCCGGUCAAAUAAAUUUCACAAUGUUUUUAACAUUAUUUGGUGAGAAAAUGAUGGGGUGUGAUCCGGAAGAAACGAUUUUAAAUGCUUUUGCUUGUUUUGAUCCUGAGGGGACAGGUAUGUGUAAUGAACUUAUAUGUAUCCCUUUGUUUCAUGUUUUUUGUCAUUACAUAAGAAAACUAUCACUUCAUUUCAGUGGGAUAAAAUAAUAAUAAAUAAAAUAAUAAAUCUUCUCUAUACAGUCCUCUUUAAUGCAUAGUGCAAAAAGUUGAAAUGGUUCAAACGCUCAGUCAGUCAGUCAGUAACAACGUAGAACUUCGUACGUACGUACAUCAGUUCGAGUUGCCACACCACCUUAACACAGAGAUGCAGUUGUCGAUUCAAAUCCCGUAGUGGUAGAGGUAGCAAGAGUGUAAGCAGUGAUCGGGAAGAUUAGGGUUUGGAGAUGUUAUUUAAGGAGUAUAAUUAAGUGAAAUAAAUUUGGAAAGAGGAAAAAAGGGACAUGAAGAAUUCAGAAGACUAGAAUUUGGGAGAACACAAAGAGUGGAUGCACCUGCGCCAUUGCAAACGAUUUUGAGCCAUGUCAUUCAGGGUCUCUAACCAUCGGUUGCUAUCAUCUCGCGGUCCCCAACCAGGUAGUCUAUACCUAUCAACAUGACUCAGACCACUUGUCAGUGACUUCAUGGACUUGUGCCAUGUUUUGGUCUGGCCGCCCCUAGCUUUCUUCCAAUCUACUCCUAUACCACUGAACAUCGCACGUCGAGGCAGUCGGUCGUUGGGCAUACGUAACACGUGUCUCAGCCAUCUCAACUGAUGAAGUUUCACUACUUCAUCAAUUGAUUUGCCAUCCUUACCUAGUAUCCGUUUCCUAACAACUGCAUUACUUACUCGAUGGUCCCAGGAUAUACGAGCAAUAUUUCGAAGACACCUAUGAUCAAAUACUAGUGAACUACUAAUAUCCUCUACUCUUACCAGCCAUGUUUCACUGCCGUAAAGUAGGACGGAACGAACUGCUGCGCAGUAAACCUGUUAUUUGGUUGAUAGACGGAUAUCUCGCCUACGCCAUAAAUGACGCAAGUUGGCAAAAGCUAGUCGAGCCUUCUGUAUCCGUGCUGAGAUUUCGUCACAUACCAGACCACAAGGGCUGAUGAGACUUCCAAGAUAAGUGAAGCGGUCGACACACUCAACUACUUCACUCCCUAUCACUAGUUCGGGUGUCGAUGUGACCCAAUCCUGAAGCAACAUUUUGCAUUUCGAGGGAGAGAAGCUCACAAGCGUAUAUGUUCUGUUCACAAUCAUAUAUAGGAUGUUUUGUGUCGGUUUGAAUUUACCAUGGUUAGAUGAUAAUGCUGUUAGUGAAAUAUAUACAUCUUACCUGUCUUCGUUUAUAUUCUGUCUAAUUAACACGUUUAAAAUGGCGGUAUAUCAGUCAGUCGGUAACAACGUAGAACUUCGCACUUACGUACAUCAGUUCGAGUUGCCAUACCACAUUAGCACAGAGAUGCAGUUGUCGAUCCAAAUCCCUUAGUGGUAGAGGUAGUAAGAGUAUAAGCAAUCUGAAAGGUUAGGGUUUGGAGAUGUUAUUUAAAGAGUAUAAUCCAGUGAAAUAAAUUGGGAAAAAAAAAGAGACAAGGAGGAAUCGGGAGAUUAGAGUUUGGGAGAACACAAAGAGUGUAUACACCUGCGUCAUUGCAAACGAUUCUGAGCCAUGUCAUUCAGGGUCUCGGUUGCUAUCAUCUCGCGGUCCCAAACCAGGUAGUCUACAUCUACCGACAUGACUCAGACCACUUGUCAGUGACUUCAUGGACUUGUGCAAUGUUUUGGUCUGGCGGUAUAUCAAAAGUCUUAAUACUUUUAUUUUGGAUCGGUAUAUUUCGUUUAAACGUUUUGCAUGUUAGCCGUAAGAGAUAGUGCAUAGAAAAGCUUUCCACUUUACUCAACUUUAGAAAAUGUCAUUGAAUAUCUGUAGAGACAUAUAAAUACAAGUUGAAAACAGAUAACGAAUAGAGCCAGCAGACACAUAAAAACGCCAAAGGUUAUAUGUGAAUAACUAAUAAGGGUGAAUGUGUAUAUAAUGACAUAAGAACCUUAGAUUAGUUCGUCUGUCCAAAUUUAGAAUAAGUCACAUUGUUACAAGUAAAACAGUGUGAAAGUAUUGUUGGAAUCUGGCCUGUCUCCAUGUAGGUGGGACAUAAAACCGACCACAAUAAAUCUCAUUUAUAACGAAAACUCAAGUUCUCUUCCAAAUUUAGACAUCAUCUUCAUGUGUUAUUUUGUCACACAUUGUUGAUUUUAACACUAUUCGUAAAAGUACUUACGUGUAACUGAUUAACUUACCUAUCACAAAUCUUCAGUCAACUUUCAAUGGGAUCCGUCUAAACAACUAAAGUGUUUGGUUCUUCUAUGUUAGCUUUUCAAAGUUUCGGUUAUUAGUCUAGAUAUACAGUUCAUUGGUUCAAAUUUCGUUUAUGUUUUAUUUUGAAUAACUAGUCUGUUGACUCAGUAACGGUUUUUCUUCCGUGCUCGUUUGUGAUAUAUUAGGAUCACUUGCUAUCAGGUAUAUUCUAAGAUUGUCCCAGUAAUGAACAAUGUUCAGGAACGUUGCUUAAAUGUUACAUAUCCUGACCUCUGAUAAUACAAUUGAAUCCCAUUAUCUGAUCCAUAGAACUAUAUGUUUGUUACUUAAGCUUUUCACAUGCGGAUAUCCUAUUUUUAUCAAUUCCUUGUAAUUUAUGCAAAAGAUAUUCAUUAUCCUUUUUAAUGAAAGCAAAUUAAUAGCAGGAAACUGAAAAUAAAUUAGUCUACGCGUGUUAAUUAUUUGAUUUUUUUUUACCUCACACAUGCUUUACAAAAUAAAACUACAAACCAUUCAUGCAGAGUAAAGGUAUGAUUAAGAAUUAUUCAGUGAUUUUAAUGAAAUAAAAAAAAUUAUCAGUCAGAUUGCAAAGGACGUGUGGCUCAUACUCAAGUACCGGUAAAUUAGUUGAUUUUGACAUCAUAUGCCACGAGCCAACUAACAGUAACUUGGGCAAACUCAAGUUCCAUGCUUGUCGAAAAUAAUAGUAAUGCUUUUUUCGACUAUCAUUACCACUUAAAUUAAAUGCUAGUUAUGUGUUUAUUCUAUUUAUUUAUAGGUGUAAUAAGUGAGAAACGUUUACGUGAAUUAAUGACUACAAUGGGGGAUAGAUGGUCUAAUGAGAAAGUUGAUGAAUUAUUCCAUGGUGCACCGAUUCAAGAUGGGAAUUUCGAUUAUAAAGAAUUUACACGAAUGAUUAUGCAUGGUCAAGAAGAAGAAGAAGGUCAAACAAACCAAACAUAAUUUUAUUAUCAACUGGUCUUUUAUAUAGCUGACAGCAAAUUGAAUUUUAUACUCAUCAUACUUUUUAACUUUUCAAAAUAUCUACACACGUAUACAUUCAUUUUUGCUAAUCUGUUGUAUUUCCUUUUUUUUACAUUCCAUUUCUACUCUACUCAUUGCUUGCUACUAUUUGUGCCUUAACGCAAAACACCAAGAAAUAUAUCUUUGAAUGCAUAAAAGCUUUUCUUUUAAAUGAAUUACAUAACCUUAGGUUAUUUUACAGAUUACCUAUUAAUGUGAACGCAAGUACUUUUGUCGCC